AUGGCCCGUCUCUCUCUUUGGAGCCUUGCUGCUGCUGCUGUGGCUGCUGGCUUGGUCGCUCCGGCGACCGCCAGCGAGCAGAGCCUCAAGGACAUCAAGCACAUCGUUCUGUUCAUGCAGGAGAACCGCGCGUUCGACCACUACUUUGGUACGAUGGCGGGUGUGCGUGGCUUCCAGGACCCUAAUGCGCACGUCUCGAAGAACACGGGCAAGGACGUGUUCCACCAGCCCGUCGACCAGACCAUCGAGGACGACACACCCCCGAAGAAUGUGACUGAGCUUCUUCCCUGGUACCUCAACUGGCAGGGUGGUGACUGGUACGACAAGACCCAGUGCAUGGUUGCCGGUACCAACGACUGGCGCCAGAACCACGAGGCGUGGAACAAGGGCGAGAUUGACCAGUGGGCGAUCGCCAACACGCCCUACUCGAUUGGCUACUACCGCCGCUCGGACCUCCCCGUUCACUUCGGCCUGGCUGGGAACUUUACCAUUGGUGACUCGUACUACGAGUCGAUCAUCUCGUCGACGGAUCCCAACCGUGUUUCGUGGUUCUCGGGCACGAUCAACUUGAACGGUAGCAACACUGGCGGCGACCCGUGGGUGAACGGCGGUGCGGUUAUCGACAACAACGUCGACCCUACCUGCCUGAACGCCGAUGACGGCAGCCCUUUCUCGUGUCGUCCUCUGAAGUGGAAGACGAUCCCGGAGUACCUGCUCGAGGCCGACAUCUCGUUCCAGGUGUACCAGGACUUUGACAACUUUGGCGACAACACGCUGGUGGAGUGGACACAAUACCAGGAGGCUGCUGCGAAGAAGGAGAAGCUGGCGAAGCAGGCGGUGGCGUACCCUGGCCUGGACAAGUUCUACAAGGAUGCCAAGGAAGGCAACCUCCCCGAGGUUUCUUACAUUGUCGCCCCCCAGGACCUGUCGGAGCACCCCCCCUACACGCCCAACGACGGUGCCUGGUUGCAGAGCAAGGUUGCCAAUGCGGUUAUGAAUGGCAAGGGCUGGAACAGCACUGCUCUGAUCGUUUCGUACGACGAGACUGGUGGCUGGGCGGACCACGUCAUGUCGCCUCACCCUCCCAAGAACUCGCCGGGCGAGUGGAUGGUGGACCCCUACAACAAGACGCUUGGUCUGGUACCGACUGGCCCUGGAUUCCGUCUGCCGUUCUACAUCGUCUCACCUUGGACUCGUAACGGUGGUGUGUUUACGGAGCACUCGUCGCACGAGAGCCAGAUCUUCUUCCUCGAGGAGUGGUCGAAGGCCGUCGGCAAGCCGUUCCACUCGAAGGAGGUAAACGAGUGGCGCCGUGGCCAGAUGAGCAACCUCGUCAAGGCCUUUGAUUUCUCGAAGCCCGACUACAGCACGGUUGACCUGGAGAAGAUGCCUACUGCUUCGAAGGACCCAAUCACUGGCCAGUACAACGGCGCGUUCGUCUGUCAGCUGCGCUGGCGCGAGAAGAACAUGCCCAAGGUCCCUUACGGCAAACAGAGCGAGUCGGAGGCGCUCCGUGUCGAGUCGGGCUACAAGCCUACGCGCGGUGACCUCAGCGAGGGCCGCUACCUCUCGUUUGAGGCCAACGGCUUUGCGCUGAGCAGCAACAGCCACCGCCUCUCUGCGACCAAGUCCAGCGAUGAGCACAACAAAGACGACCAGCUCUUUGUUAUCCACUGGCAGGGCAAGGACCCCCGCGACAACCGCUUCCGCAUCUCGACCAAGGACAAGUCGCGCUACAUUACCUCGGGCCUUCGUUUCACCACGAACUCGAAUAAGGCCGCCCAAUUCGCCCUUGUUGACCAGGGCAACGGCAAGGGGUACACUAUUACUGAGAGCAGGUCGAAGAAGCAGCUGUCGAUCACCAAGGACGGCAAGGUCGCGCACGCGAACGAGGCCAGCUUCAAGAUCUUUAGUGUUACGAAAUGA